UUUUAUUUUUGGAUUCUAACAGCAUAUGCACCAGAAGAAAAUUUCCAAAGGCUGCUAUGGGAAUCUGUGCAUCUGUUGCAUCUGAAAUACAUGAUGAAGCAUAUGGCCAAGAAAAUGCUGUAUGCUACACAGAAAUCGGUAAUACUAAUGGAGUACAAGUAAUUGGUUCUACUUAUUCUCAUCCAGGAAGCAAAGGGUUGAACCAAGAUUCUGCAAUUCUCAUUCAGGGAUAUGGAAUUGAAAAUGGAGCUUUUUGUGGAGUUUUUGAUGGACAUGGCAAAAAUGGUCAUAUUGUGAGUAAGUUAGUGAGAAACCGAUUGCCAUCAUUGCUUCUUAACCAGAGAAAUGCCAUAGCAAAGAUCAGUGCGUCAGCAUUAAACACAUCUUCUUCUAAACAAGGUGAAAAGGUGAAUGGUGAAUCAACACCAAGCAAGAAUUUCAUGAAAUGGAAAGAGGCUGGUUUGAGUGCUUAUAAAGUGAUGGACAAGGAACUUAAGCUUCUCGACAAAUUUGACUUCUCUUGCAGUGGAACUACUGCUGUUGUCGUCAUGAAACAGGGGGAAGAUCUUGUUAUUGCAAAUCUCGGUGAUUCCAGAGCAGUUUUGGGAACAAAUUCUCCUGAAGGAAUCAAGGCAGUUCAAUUAACUACUGAUUUCAAACCUGACGUGCCUGAGGAGGCUGAGAGAAUUAGGAAGUGCAAGGGAAGGGUGCUAGCACUAAAAGAAGAACCACACAUUCAAAGAGUUUGGCUACCCAAUGAGGACUCUCCUGGCCUGGCCAUGUCUCGAGCUUUUGGUGACUUUUUACUCAAGUACCACGGCAUAAUCUCCAUCCCCGAUAUCUCCUAUCACCAUAUAUCUCCAAAUGAUCAGUUUCUUGUUCUGGCUACUGAUGGGGUGUGGGAUGUGCUUAACAAUGAUCAAGUCAUAUCCAUAGUGGCCUCAGCCAAUGACGAAGAGGCUGCAGCAAAAGCAGUGGUGGAUGCCUCGACUGCUGCUUGGAAACGCAAGUUUCCAAACUCGAAAAUAGAUGACUGUACAGUUAUCUGCCUGUUCUUGCAAAAGAGAAUCAACAUGUCAUGCAGCUGAAUAUUUCAGAGCUGCAAAAAAAAAAUACCUCAAUUUGAUCAUGUUACUCUACGAUAUGUGCAAAAAAUGCAACCAAGGUGGCUCAUCUAGGAUUGAGGAGUGGGAAAACCAGAGGAUUGAAGUACACAAGUUUUUUUCAUAUAGAAAGCUGUGAAUGGCAGUGGUUGUUGGUGUUCUAAUAUUUCUAGUAGUUCUGUUUUUGUUCAAUGGGUAUUGUACCUUGUGAAAAUCAAAUCAAAGCAGCAUAAAGAAUGAUUUAUGACUAAAAAGCUCA